GACCGCCCCCCCCCCCCGGUAGUAAAGGUGGAUCAGUUGAAGAGCUCCAACGCGGGAGUUGGACUGCGGAGCCAUGGCUGGCCAGCUGAGCGAGGGAGCCAUUGCGGCCAUAAUGCAACAGGGGGAUACAUCGAUAAAACCUAUUCUCCAAGUCAUUAGCAUCCGCCCCAUUACUACAGGGAAUAGUCCACCCCGAUAUCGACUGCUUAUGAGUGAUGGAAUAAACACUCUAUCCUCUUUCAUGUUAGCAACACAGAUGAACUCUCUGGUUGAGGAAGAACGAUUGGCUAGCAACUGUAUUUGCCAGAUUCAACGAUUCAUUGUUAACACUCUGAAAGAUGGAAGGAGAGUGGUUAUUUUGAUGGAAUUACAAGUUUUGAAAUCUGCUGAAAUAGUUGGAAUGAAGAUUGGCAAUCCAUUGCCCUAUAACGAAGGACAGGGGCAGCCACAAGCAGCCCCUUCUCCGGCCACAGCAGCCAGUCCAUCAGUCAGCAAGCCUCAGCAGCAGAAUGGGAGCUCAGGAGCUGGUUCCUCUGUACCCAAGGCUUAUGGUGCCUCAAAGACGUUCGGAAAACCUGGAGGGACCGGCCUGUUACACCCUUCUGGGGGGACACAGUCCAAAGUGGUACCCAUCGUCAGCCUCACUCCAUACCAGUCCAAGUGGACUGUUUGUGCUCGUGUUACCAACAAAAGUCAGAUCCGUACCUGGAGCAAUUCUCGAGGGGAAGGGAAGCUUUUCUCUCUAGAACUAGUGGAUGAAAGUGGUGAAAUCAGAGCUACUGCUUUCAAUGAGCAAGUGGACAAGUUCUUCCCCCUCAUUGAAGUGAACAAGGUGUAUUAUUUCUCAAAAGGCACCCUGAAGAUUGCUAACAAACAGUUCACAGCUGUUAAAAACGACUAUGAGAUGACCUUCAAUAAUGAGACUUCUGUCGUGCCCUGUGAAGAUGAUCAUCAUUUACCUACAGUUCAGUUUGAUUUCACAGGAAUAGGUGAUCUGGAGAACAAGUCUAAAGAUUCACUUAUUGACAUAAUUGGGAUCUGCAAGAGCUAUGAAGAUGCCACUAAAAUCACAGUGAAGUCUAGCAACAGAGAAGUUGCUAAGAGAAAUAUCUAUUUGAUGGACAUGUCAGGGAAAGUGGUGACUGCUACCCUGUGGGGAGAAGAUGCUGACAAAUUUGAUGGUUCUAGACAGCCUGUGAUGGCCAUAAAAGGAGCCAGAGUUUCUGAUUUUGGUGGACGGACCCUUUCUGUACUGUCUUCAAGCACUAUUAUCAUGAAUCCUGACAUCCCUGAGGCCUAUAAGCUUCGUGGAUGGUUUGAUGCAGAAGGACAAGCCUUAGAUGGUGUUUCCAUCUCUGAUCUAAAGAGUGGGGGGCUAGGAGCAAGCAACACCAACUGGAAAACUUUAUACGAGGUGAAAUCAGAGAACCUGGGCCAAGGUGACAAGGCAGACUAUUUCAGCUCUGUGGCAACAGUGGUGUAUCUUCGCAAAGAGAACUGUAUGUACCAGGCCUGCCCAACUCAAGAUUGCAAUAAAAAAGUGAUUGACCAGCAGAAUGGAUUAUACCGCUGUGAAAAGUGUGACCGUGAAUUUCCCAAUUUCAAAUACCGCAUGAUCUUGUCAGCAAAUAUUGCAGAUUUUCAAGAGAAUCAGUGGGUGACUUGUUUCCAGGAAUCUGCUGAAGCUAUCCUUGGACAAAACACUGCUUAUCUUGGGGAACUGAAAGAGAAGAACGAGCAGGCAUUUGAAGAAGUUUUCCAGAAUGCCAACUUUCGAUCUUUCAUGUUCAAAAUCAGGGUCAAACUGGAGACCUACAAUGAUGAGUCGCGAAUUAAGGCCACGGUGAUGGACGUGAAGCCUGUGGACUAUAGAGACUACGGCAGAAGGCUGAUCAUGAACAUCAGAAGAAAUGCAGUGAUGUGAGGAGAGUAGCACUGAUUGGGCAGAAGUUUGAAAUGGAGCUGAAGUGGAGCCGAUUUCUUCCUACCCCAUGCGACAGUCCCACCUCUGCCCCUGUUGCAGAGCCUCGGGGUGGGCUGGCAGUUUCCCCUCUGCGAUCUGUGGUGUAAACCAUCAGAUCUGGAAAUCCACAGCAGGUAGCAGGGCCCCAGUCCCUCCCUCUGUUUUCAGGCUUCUGUCAAUUUUAGUAAGGUUUCAUUAUCAUCAAGCAGAAAUUAUGUCACAAGUAAUUGACCCUAACUCUGCAAACAGUGAAAUAAACUGUCACUCGGGC